AUGCUCUCCGACGGCUCCGCGUACGGCAAGGCGCGAAAGUCGGCCGCUAAGGACCUUGUCGACGCGCACAAGGAGUUUUAUAACGCGUCCUCCGUUUACGCGGACUCUCUUAAAACCGCCGGCACCGCGCUGUUGAUCUACUGCGAGGGGACGAACAUCUUCAUCGGGUCCGCGCUCGGGGCGAAUGUUCCGCCGCAGGCCUUCCAGAACGUUCCGCCCGUGCAGGUGUCGGAAGUUUCCGGGGAAGUUGCGGUCGUGGGAGAUACGGCGGAGUACGCGGCGGGAAACGCGGUGGAGCAGAGUGGGUCGGGGGCGUCUAGUUCAAUCGUGCUUGCGGGUUCCGGAAGUUCCGCCGCGUUGCCCGCGCCGACUCCCGUUCCGCCGCAGCCGGUUGCGCCUUCCCCGUCCCCUCCCCCUCCGCCAAGAGACUCGGCUCCCGCGGGGGCUUUUGGCGGAACUCCUCCGCCAGGCCCCGGUGGUCCUCCCCCGGCCUAUCCGUACGGCUCCGCGCAGUAUCCGCCACCUCCCCCGGGUUCCGGUUACCCUCCGCCUCCUCCCGGUUCCGGCUACCCUCCGCCGCCCCUGAUCGGCGGCGGAACCCCGCCGCCGCCGGGGAGUUCCGCGUAUCCCCCGCCGCCCCCGUAUCAAGGCACUCCGCCGCCCUAUCAGGGCGGCACUCCUCCCCCUUACCAGUCCAACUCUGGCGGGUAUGGUCCCCCCCCGCCAUAUCCCCCCCAGGGCACUCCCGCUCCGCCGUUCCCCGGAUAUGGCUCCCCCGGCGGGGCUCCGCCUCCCGCGGGGGGUUACUCAGGGGGAUACUCGGGGGCGUAUCCUCCCCCUCCGCCCCCUGGCGGAGCGUACGGGGUCCCCCCGCCUGCGCCCGCGGGCGGACCGGGGGGAUGGGAGCAGCGGCCGCAGGGGCAGCUUCCGCCUCCGCAUCUCGCGGGAAAUUCCGGGCAGAUGCUGAGCAGCUCCGGGAAUUUCGGCGCGCCAGGCGCGUCAGGCGCGUCGGGAGUUAUUGGGGGGUCGCCAGGGAUGCUCGCCGGAUCGGGGCAAAUAAUAGCCUAUGUUGGCCCUAGCGGCGGCGCGGUUCUAGGCGACAAGUGGGCGGACGAGUUCGCUAAGAAGGUGAACGCGCAUUUCCUGGAAGCUUCCGCGCGGAUCAUGGCGCUGGUGGAGAUUCUUAAAGUCGGAGCGCCCAUUCCGAAGAACGCGGUUCCGCCGCUGACGGUGGCAGCGGCUACUAAGGAGAACGGGCAGCUGGAGAGUAUUGGCGACACGGUUCAGAAGCUGCUUAACUGGGAGCGCGAUAUUAAAGACAAGAUCUGGGUGGCCAUACUGACUCGCCCCAGAGUGGCAGCACUGAUGGCGGUACGGGCAGUGCUGGGGCUGGCGGUGCAUCUGUUCCGCCAGGGCUUCUCGCUGCUCCUCAUCUACCAUCUCAACCUCCCCGUGCACACCAACGGGCUGCUGCUCUCAUUGCAGGGCCUCCUCACAUCGCUGGUACAGGGCCUUGCUAUCCGUCCCCUGCUGCGCCACUUUCCGGAAACACCUCUCAUUUUCCGCGGCCUGCUGCUGCUCUCCCUCACUCUCGCCCUGCUCGCUGCUGCUCCCAGCCUUAUUUUCCUGAUCCUACUACUACCUCCGCUCGCCCUCUCAACCGGUGUUCUCCGCACCACAUACACUGCCCUUCUCACAACAUCUGUCGCUCAGAGUGAGGACAUUGAGACCAUUCGCGCGGAGCUCAAGAGCAAGGCCAAGCGGAUGCGCAAAGAGGCUGUGCGGGCGAGCGAACCCUCCAUACUCCGCCUUACCCCCCUUUCCCUUCAUCAGGACAUGGAGACCAUUCGCGCGGAGCUCAAGAGCAAGGCCAAGAGGGUGCGCAAGGAGACUGCGGGCGAGCGGGAACGCCCCUUCUCACCUCGUUCCCCCCUCUCCUCUUCCGUCCUCCCCCUCCCAUUUUCCCCUCCCACCCCACCCCAUCAGGACAUGGAGACAGUUCGUACUGAGCUGAAGAGCAAGGACAAGCGGGUGCGCAAGGAAACCAAGCGCGCGAGCGGGAACGCGAACGCGGAUCCGCGGAAGCUUGAGGGCGCGCAGACGAAGCUGGGGGACGUGCAGCACCGCAUGGCGGGCGCGAGCGAGAGGGUCGUGGCGGCAUGUCACUCUGUUGAGUGUUACAAGACGGAUCUGCUCUUCCCGCAACUGCUGCGCCUGCUGCCCUGUUUGGUGUCCACGUGGCACACUCUCUCGCAGCUGCACGAUCAGCAGCAGCAGCUGUCGACCAUGCUGGCCAAUCAGUACAUGCCACCUGUCACGCACGAGGGGGCCACCACUGCUGGGCAGGCUCCGCUCACACCGGGUGUCAUGCAGGUCCCCAGCACCACCAAGGCACAGCACGAGGCGACCAAGAAGUUGGAAGACGCGUUCAAGAAAUGGCACUCCUCGCUCAGUGUGCUAUGCGCAGCACAGCGCAAGUUUUUCUCAGCGCUCAUCACCUGGGUGCGCAAGACCCUCGCCUUCCCCCCGGACUUCCCCAAGCCCCCUCUCCCUGGCACGGCCCCUCCCCCGGGUCAGUACGUGGCCAGCUGGGCUCCGGGCGGUGCAGCUGGCGCUACUCCUGCUCCGCCCCCGCCUCCCCCACCGGGCCAACAGCAUGUGGAGGGACCACUGGUGGCGCUGGGGAACGACUGGGUGAGAACCAUGGAUCGGCUGCCAGAGAAGGAGGUGAAGGAUGCCGUGAUGGGGUUCUGUGGGUGGAUAAGCCAGUCGUAUGAGCGGCAGACGGCAGAAAUGAAGCAGCUCAAACUCCUGCAGGACAGCUUGAAGCAGUUGUCCAAGCAAGAGUCGAAGCUAGAGCAGCUGCAGCAGAAGGAGAGAGAGCUUCAGCUGGCCCUGGGAGGCCCAGCAGCAGCAGGGGCAGAGACACCAGCAGAGCAACAGGCAAAGCAAGCGAAAGCAGCAGCUGCUGCAGCUGAGGUUGCCAGCUGCAGGAUUGCUUUGGAGAAUGCGAGAAACAAGGUGAAUGCGGAAAGUGUGGCCCUGGAGAGGCUAGGGGCUGAUGCCAGAGCAGCUGCUCUGUCUGGGCUGAGACAGGGUCUGCCGGUAGUAUUCGAGAAUGCUGGAAGGUUUUCAGGGACGGCAUCGCAAGCGUAUGCCAUGUUGCAGACACAGCAUGCGCCAUGGCUUCCAGUGCAGGUGUAG